AUAAAUACCAACAAUUUCCUUGUUUGUUUUCUCACCACGAAGCCACAAGAAAUAGCAGUUAUGGCCAAGUACACAACUUUUCUUGCCCUCCUCUUUUGCCUCAUCCUUGUUGCUGCAACUGAAAUGCAAAUGGCAGAAGCCAAAUACUGUUGGAAGAAAAGUCACAAGUGGCAUGGGCCUUGCCAGUAUUCGUAUAAAUGCAUCAAACAUUGCAAGCAUUGGUUUGGAGCUAAAUAUGGUAUUUGUAAGAAGUUCAAAUGGGGAUACAAGCAUUACUGGGCAAAUUAUGCUUGUUAUUGCUACUCUUCUUGCCACUACUAAAAUAUUCCAGAGUCUCAAGGCCUGGCUUUGACUACAUAAAUAAAUAAGAAGCUGCCUAUUAAUUAUCCCUAUGUAUCAAAUAUAAGAUCGUCAAGAAGUUGGGUUAAUUUUAUGUGUGUAAUAAUAUAUGUAAUUAGAUUGAUUUAAGGCUCUAGUUUGACCUUUUAGGCCAAGCUUUGCCUGAUUGGUAAUGGCGUUGCUUUUAUUUUAUUGUAUGCUUUUCUGUUUGUGUUAUGUGAACUAUGUUUUAUAGUAUGAUGAAUAAAUAUUUGUUAUGAAGAAGGA